GAAUGGACACAUGAUGACCCACCGAGACAAGAAACCUUACAAGUGUAAAUAUUGCGACAAGAGUUACUGCGACCAUCGUUCCUUGAAGCGACAUUAUGAAAACUACCAUCCAAACCCAGAGCGACCCGUCCCGAUCACCACAGCCACGCACAAAACAGAUACAGAGAUUUUGAGAACUGCAAAAUCUGAAGGACGUUUCACACCUGACAGAGAUGAAGGUCGUCCAAGCUCAUUGAGCUCAAAACAUAAGGUACCCCAAGCUGGAUUUGGGAGAAAGCGAAAUAGUGACAGCAUGUGUUCGAACAGUUCUGAUGAUCUAGGCAGGAGACCCGAUAACCAUUCGCCACAUGUUUCAUUUGAUAAACCUCCAACCGCAGUCAGCUUGUUAAAACAAGUUAUCGAUUCUCAUGAACACAAGAAAGACAAGCAUUCUUUGGAGGGGUACCCUCGACCCGGUCACUACCCCUACCCAGAGGGGCUUCAUCCGCAAUGGUUUAGCCCGUUCCACCAAGCGCAAAUGAUGAAACUAAUGCAAUUUAAUCAACCGCCCAUACUUGUUCAAAAUGGUCCAAUGAAUUCCUCUUAUUGUCCUACUGAUCCACCACAAUUAGUCCCUAACAGAACCUGUAAGUUUAGUUUAUUUUCAUUCUUGCUUCAAGCUUUUCGUGCAGCAAACUGACAUAAUUAUAAUUAUUUAUGUGUUCGUAUGCUAUUGGUCUUUAUACACGUAAAACGCACAAGUUGUAACAAACCGGCAGUAACAAUUUUUCAACAAGUUGUGAGUAAUAACCUUGUAGCAACUUGAUAAAAUAACAGCAUUGUUACAACUUAUUGACAAGCUUGCUACAAGCCUGUUGCGAACACAUCUUGUUAACAAGUAGUGAGAUUUUUAUGUCCCCAUGUUUAUAAACAAGUACAUAUUUGGAAAGAUUGCUUUGAAGUUAUCGUUAACCCAGGAUUAAGCGAAUUGGCUCUUGAACAGCCAGCCCCUGAAUGCUUAUUCAUGUCAGGUACAAUUGUUGGGGAGGGGUAAUAGAGAGAGCGGCUGAAAAAUGUCUCAAGCAAAAAUGAAGGAGGAUUUUUUAAGGCUUAAUAGAGAAUUUAUUCAGUAUUACAGUAUAUUGUUUUGCGUAGCUGCAUGCUUUUAGUCCAACAUAAAUUUUGCAAAGUUCUUUUCCAAGUAAGCUAUUAAGCACACAAGAAGCAUUUACUGGAUUUGCAAAAGCACUGGUUAAGAAUAUAGCAACGUGAGAUGGACCUGCCAUGUUUUUUUCUGAAAGCGCUAACAAGUUCAUCAUCCUGGUCUUGAAUCUUGGAGGCUGUUUGAUUUUUCUUGCUAGCCACUUUAUUCAAAGACUGUCGCAACGAAGAACUUUGCUUUUUGGCUUUUAAUUGAAGUUGUUCUCGAAUUUGUUGUUUUGACUUAAUGAACAUUGCCACAAUCCUCUGUAAAACCAACACACAACUACUACCUUUAAACAGCUGAUCUUCCUUCAUAAAUUUACUGUCUUCACGCUGAGGACACUCGACCGUAUUUUAAAUCUACGGUUGAUACUUUUUACCGAUGGUUUAAUAUAUUUCUUGAUUUCAAAAUAUGCGAGUCUGGCAUUGAUGUUUUCCGUAAAAACCCGAUCAGCAGUGGUGUUGGUGCAUGUUUUUGGAGGCCCGAUGGAAAAGUACUUUAAUCUGUGCGCACUGGACCUGUAUAUUUGGCUUCCACAAAACAACCUGAUGAUAUCAUCUACCCAAAAUUUAGUUCAGGCUACCCUAUCUAGGCAAGAGAGCUAGAACAGAACUCCACGUGAUAUUUAUAAUUACAUUAAUAAAAUAAAAGGCGCCAAUUAACAAUAGGCGACUUGAACUAAGAGGUCCCGUGACUUUGUUCCUCUUGAAAUAGUAGGUAUGGAACUACAAAUCUACAAUGAACAUACAGAGUGAUGUUUUAAGCAAGAAUUUGUAAUUUUUGUUUUAAAAACUUCAAAACAAUUCUUAUACGUUUAGGGCAGGGCGCUUGGUAGAGGGGAGGGAACGCUUUAUAGAGGGGCAUUUGAUGGAGGUUAUAUUUCAUUUUACGUUGUACUAAGUUUUGUUUUAACUUUAUUUCGUCAAGCUCGUGAAGAGAACGAAUAUAGGCGUGCAUAUUCGCAAGCUCUCCAAGAAGGUGAAGCAAAAAAUAAUCGAAUUCCGAUUAUGCUGGUCGGGCAAGACCGAGGCGGAAAGACUUCGCUGAUGAGACGUCUUUUAGGAUUACCAUUCAACAAAGAUCAACCCAGUACCACUGGUAUUGACGUUAAUGUUAUCGAGCUAACAGAACAAAAUGCAGAAGAUCCCUGGAGAAAGGGAGAAGUGAAGAAGUUUAUGACCAGUGAAAGUGAGGCAAAGACUGUGUUAUACAAAAAAACUGCCGAGUACGUUAAUAGAGGAGUUCAGAGCAAUUUAGAAGGGGAUGCGCAAUUGAAGCCAUUAUCAACAGACGAAAUCUUCGAAAUCAAAUCGCAGAGUUCCACUGAACACGACCAGAAAGACGUUAUUCGGGUAUUUGUAAGUGACUUUGCUGGACAGUCAAUCUAUUACGAUACCCAUGGCUGCUUUGUGAAACCGCAUUGCCCUUAUGUUUUGAUUCACAACCUUUCUCUGGAGUUUGAUAAACCCGCCGUUCCCAGGUUUAAAGCAAGUGAUGAGGAGGAAGAGAUAGAAAUGAACAAUCAUCAUCUUAAUACCAAUUUAGAUAAUUUUUCAUCAUGGUUGAAGUUUCUGCAGGGUUUAGGAGAAUGCCAAGAUCAACAGUCUCCUGAUAAAUCUGGUCAUUGUACCACUGCAAAAGGUGAGAACUUUAAACUGCCACCAAUUUUAAUAGCCUUAACUCACAAUGAUAAGGUGAAAGGCAACGACAGCAAAAUAGAUAGCGUACGAAAUAGAAUCAAGAAGGUCUUGUCUGAAGGAAAAUAUCAGAAUGUCAUUCCUGGGGUUUUCCUGAUCGACAAUACAUUGGAAAGCGACGACGGAGACGACGUGCGAGAGCUUCGUAGAAAGCUUUUUGACCUCUCGAAUGCAGUCCUUGACCAAGAGAUUUUAAUGCCUGUGAAGUGGAUAAAUUUUGAAGUUGCUCUAAGCCAGAAGCUAUCACCAGAUUGCAAGUAUAUCCCAGUUGACGAAGCUAAGCGGGAAGCGGAGGCCUGUGACGUUGAGGAGUUUGAUCAAGCUAUCAAAUUUCUACACCGCCAAGGUGUGGUCGUACACCACAGUGGAUCCAGCAAGGUUGUAUUGGAUCCGCACUGGCUAAUGAAUCGCUUUACGAAAGUGAUCUCCAUGCCUGUCAAAUUGGAUGCACUGUCCAGGCACGCUCUUGAUGUGUUCAGGCGGAACGGCAUUUUGUUUCGAGAAUAUCUUCAGAAGCUGGAAGGCGUAGAACUUUUGGAGGAGCUGAUGCAAAAGUUUAAUUUGAUUUGUCCUUGCCAGCACGAUGGAGAGGCAGCUUUUUAUGUCCCUUCAGUUGCUCCAACUAUGAUACCAGGAAAAGAGUUGGAAGCUAGCAAUGUUCCAUCGCUGUUUGUGACAUUUCCUCGCCAACUUGUACCGAUGGGCCUGUUUACGAAGCUUCAAGUGAGGUUAAUUUCUGAGUGGAAAAAGCGCUUCCACCAUCAACAAGUCAAGCCUUCCUUCUACUGCAACUACUCCUUGUUUCCGCUUAUUAUAAACGGCGACGUGUAUGAUGUUUAUUUAAUCGACCUCCACGAGGUCAUUAAGGUUGUCGUUUUUCCAAAACAGGAUGGCAACCAUUUCAAUUUUGCCAGUCAUCUCUUAGCCACCUUGAAAAAGUGCUUGGACGACCUUAAAUCUCCAGAUCAACUAUUAUUCAGCAUGACUAGCUAUGACUUCGAAGUGAAAUGUACCGGCUGCUUUGGUAAAGAAGAAAGAAAAUGUUCUCGUCAUGAUGAGAUUCAGUGUCAUUCAGAUCGUUGUGGGCACCGCCACUUCUUGAAGCUUAGUGACCUUCAGAGAUUGUACAACGAUCAAUCCUUUGUAUAUGUUUGCCAGUCGAACAAACACUCGUCCAAGGUGUUUGACAUAAAGAGUGUGAAAAUUUGGCUCCAUACUGGUAAGUGGCUAAUGCUAAACGUGUUUUUACUUUGGCAGAUUUGAAAUGUUUAUUUGACAAUUUUUUAAUUACUUAAAAAUUAGAUAAGUUGUCUAAUUAUUAAAUAUGAUAAAAUAAAUAUUAAAUAUGAUUUCAGUGCAAUUGAAAUUAUCGCCAAUUGCAAUCGAAUGCAAUUAAUUGCGUUGUUUUGUAAUUUUAGAUUGUAGUUGCACACUUUGUUUGGCCAGGAGAAACGAACCUAGUUCUCGGGGUUGACCAAUUGGCAAUUGUGUUCGAUUUAGUCUGUUUUUCCAAAUUGAUUUUGUGAACAUUAUUGACAAAGAAUUUAAUAAAUUUAAUGAGUUAAAGUUUGUGAGUUGACGGCUGCCAGGUAUAAUAUCAGUCAUGUUUUCGCUCGCUACUCUGGUUUUGAUAAAUGAAUGCAAAGCCCAGUCGAACUGCAUUCACGACCCAACGUUUCCACACUCCAGUCUAGUGUCUUCAAUCUUGACAAUGAAUGCUGUUUUGUUUUCUGUGUUGUUUUAUUAACUGAUACAUGGUUUUAUAUCAUACCUAAUUUAUUAAAAAAAUUUAUAUAAUAAUACCUGCACAUUUUUGUGCAAAGUUUUGCCGAGCAGAAGCACACCCUGAAAAUGUCUGAACACACCCUUAUAAUAAUGUGUAACCACACGACAGGCUACAAUUGAUAUUCAAAAAUGCCAAAACCAACAUACACUGAACAGCACCCAGGGAAAUUUGGGUGCUCAGGACAAAAUGUCUUGGCCCCCUGGCGAUUCCAUCUUCUAAAACUAUGAUUAGGAGGGUCUGGAGGCAUUGUCCCUGAAAGUUUUGAAAUCGGAGGUCCCAGAGAUGGUCAAAUCCUGCAUUCUGGAAGUCUGUUGAAAGUUAUAUCUAUAUUUAUAUCUUACUGUAAUUUUUUAUUUGGACCUCCCUUUAACUGGGGCCCCAGGGCAAAUUGCCCCCUCCAUCCCUCUGUGGGGCCUUGACAGCAUCUGCAGUUACGACUAUCUAAGACAGCUUAGUUUCAUAAUCACAUGCUUGCAAGAAAGAAACAUUCUCGUCUUGGCAAAUGAGAGGCGGAUUAGGCGUGACAAACCUCAAGAGGAGUUCCAGAGACAUGCACCCACAGAAAAUUUUGUAAUCUAGACUCUCUAAAAUAAUAAAAGGGCAUUCUCAUGGUGAAAGCAAAAUUAUACUCAUUCGCUGCGCUUAUUCAUAAAGUAUUAUUUGCAUGCACUACUCGAAAUAGAAUGCAUAUCGUAAUUCGCGCAGCCUUAUAUAUCCCCUAUAUAUAAUUAUUUCAUCCGUUUUUCAAGUGCCUGAUGCAGCUAUGGCAAUAGACAGCUCGAACUUUAGAUGGCCAAAUGAAACCUCAAGUGAAGCUUCAAGCUCAGGUAAUUGUUUGGUUACGGUUAGACUUUGACUAUACAUUAGUUUGCAAUUUACGUUUCCGAGGAAAGAUAUAUAUUGGUCUUGGCAAAUGAAAGGCGGCUUAGGCGUGACAAACCUCUAGAGGAAUUCCAGGGGCAUGCACCCACAGAACAUUUUGUAAUCUAGGCUCUCUAAAAGGGCAUUUUCUUCAAUAUACGGGGACAUUCUAUAGAAUUCUGAAGAUUAUACACUAAUUACAAAACGUUAAGUAUCAUUCACUCCAUUUUCCAAGCUCGUAAAGAGAUCUUUGCUGUGAGACAUUGUUCAUCUGAUGAACCUUAAAUAUAAUAUUAGUGCGGACGUUCGAUAAUUUGGCAGUUACCAUUUCAAUUUCAUUCAAAUUAUUCUCAUUCAAAAUGUUUUCAUUAAUACUGUCAAGUGUCGAAACGAAUUUCCUGCUGAUUUUCUUGUUAAUUAUAACAACUUAUCACAGCAAAUUUCAUCACAGCUCAUUUUACAUUUUAUCACUGCACAAAUUAGUUAUCACUGUACACUGAAAUUUAUAUUCUCGUGGUGAAAGCAAUAUUUUACUCAUUCGCUAUGCUUAUUCAUAAAGUGUUAUUUGCACUACUCGAAAUCAAAGUCCAUAUCUUAAAUUGUUUCAAGUGCCUGAUGAUGCAGCUAUGGUAGAAGACAGCUCGAACUUUAGAUGGCCAAAUGAAACCUCAAGUGAAGUUUCAAGCUCAGGUAAUUGUUUGGUUACGGUUAGACUUUGACUAUACAUUAUAUAGUUUGCAAUUUACGUUUCCGAUUUUAGAAGACCAUAUAUUUCUGAAUGUGCACGCUUUGUAAGUAUCGUUUGUGUUUUUAUCAGAACUUUUUGCAGCAUUUUUAUUGGAUAUAAUUCGUAAAAGCUGGUAGUACGUAAGCUUUAGUUUUGAACAUGGAAAAGAAAUGUUCUUUUGUAUGGGACUUUAAGCUGUUGUGUUAUUUCUAUGGCUCUUUAAAGAGGUAUCGGGGGAACCGAUGAGUUGGCCUGUUCUUGAUUGCAGUCCAUAGGAAUUUUUAGUCAUAAGUAUUGUAGAUAAUUUUUCCUCAUGUAUCUAAGUUCUUAUAUCCAUCGAUUCCAAUAGAUGAGGCAUUAAAAUUGAUUGAAAAGUUGUUAAGAGAAAGUAAAACCCUAGUAAAUAUAACUGCAUGACUUAACCGUACAGUCGGUAAUGGAAAUAUUGAAAUGGAUGUUUGGUUUGUCUUAUUGUGAGUUUGACGGCAAGCAUUACGUAUUAGAAAGUGGACCAAUUGGUCUUGGAGUAACUGGUGAGGUCGCCAUAAUCUAUAUGGAAGAGUUUCAAAUUCGUGCAAUGCAAACAUCUCCAUAUCCCCUAGGUCAAUGGUAUUGGUAUGUAGACGACAGUGAAAUGAAGUGCAAGGAAGAUCAAUCCGAAGAAAUACUCAAACACCUGAAUAGCAUUAAACCAGACGUCAUUGUAUUCACGAAAGAAAAUCAAGUAGAAGAUACGUUGCCAGUACUGGAUUUGAAACAAAAAGUGGACCGGAAAACGAAACAAGUCGAGUGUAUGGUUCAUUAUAAGAAGACACACACCAACAUCAAUGUGAAAGCGAAAUCGAAUCAUCCUCCUUGUAUGAAAAAAGGCAUCAUCAAAGGAUUUGCAGACAGAGCGCGAGCGUUAUGUGAUGAGAAACACCUGAAGGGAGAACUAAAGAACGUAGAAGAUGUGUUGGUGGCAAAUGGUUUCGAAAGACAGAAGGUUCGAGAAUACAUGCGAGAGGAUAAACGCGAAAGGAGUGAGUCGGAAGAGCAAGAGUAUCGAGGAAUGAUAAUUGUACCUUACAUCCAGGGCUUAUCGGAACAACUGAAAAGAUUAGCUUCCAAACAUUCAUUUCGGACGACAUUUAAACCAGGAAAUAAAAUAAAGGAAUUGAAGGCGAGAGCUCAACAACCACUUGGCGAAAAACAAAAAUCUGUCGUUUACGAGAUCCCAUGCAAGUGCAAGAAAGCGGUGUAUGUAGGAGAAACAUCGAGGUUGUUUAAGGUGAGAAAGAAGGAACACGAGAGCAAAGUAAGAUUAACAAACGAGGAUAUGAGAAAUGGACGAAUGGCGGUGGCAGAAGAACGAAUGGGGAAAGAAGACGGAGGUUUAGCAAGGCACAGUAUAGAGUGUACGGAAGAAAUAGACUGGGAGAACACGCGAAUAUUGAGAAAUGAGUAUAGAUUAAGACAGCGGAAAGUUAUAGAAGGAAUUGAGUCUCUUAGGGUAAGGCAUAACAAAAAGAAAGUUUUAAACAGUUUUGAAUCAUUGAUGACUUGGAGACCAAUAUUAAACAAAUACUUUAUUAGGAAAACGAGCGCGCGCGUGCGCGCACGCAGUUUAAUUUAAAUUAGCUUGCGAAAGAUGAACGUUUAAAAGUUGUACACGUCAAAUGUAAGAACAAUUUGUUAGCCUGAGGACGGAUAGUAAACUAUCCGAAACGUAGCUAAAAUAAAAGUAUUAUCAAAAACCUUUUGUGUGAUCCUUGAUUUAAAUUAAAAACACAAAAUUAUCUAAGUUUUGUAGGCAUGUUUUUGUUGUAAUAUGUAAUAUGUAAUAUGUAAUUUUAAAUUAUGUACAGGUUCUCAAUCGAUAGGAGACUCCAAUCCCAACGGAUAUGUGCCCGGUAUGAACAGUUAAAAUAAUCGUCCCUAUUAUUACCUCCGCCAGGAAGUUAUGUUUUUAUCUGCGUUUGUACAUAGUCUGUCAAGAUAUGAUGGUCUGGAAGCCUGGCAAACUUCAAAACCACAAAAUAGAAGAGCUUUGUUUGAUGUUGAACUAUACCUCACCGUGCACAAAUCCUUUGUCUCAACUUCAUUAAAUAUUAUUCAUCGUGGUUGCACGUUUCAUCUCAGCUAUCCUUAUUGUACGGUUACUUCAUUAUACGAAAAUACAAUGAGCUCAAUCACGGUGACCCUGCACAAAUUAACAUAAACUCAGAUAAAAACAUAACACAAUGACUUCUGUUCAGUUUCCAGAUCAUCAUAUCUUGAUAGACUAUGGUUUGUCUGUGUGUCUGUGUCUGCAUGUCUUAUCCUCAUCCUUAUUGUGAUUUUUAGUGUUAUCUUUCACCAUAUCGUUGUUCUUAUUCUCUUUGUUAUUUUUAUCUUUUCAUCCAGGGUGCGAUAUUAAGUUCGUACCUGACUGGUACUCUAAAGCCCGUUCUCCACUACGCGAAUUUGUUCGCGCGACGCGAAGCGAAAACCGAAAUCUGGCAACGUGAUUGGUCGGCGAAAAAAUUCGCGGCGAAAAAGUAGGAUCGCUUCCUACUUUUUAUCUGUUCGCGCGAAUAAAUUCGCCUAGUGGAGAACGGGCUUAACGCUAUACGUUUACACACGAUUAAUCGGGACGAUUUUAGCACAGAGUAAAUACAUUUAAAAAAUUAAUUAAUAAUUCACGAGGAAAAUACAAAAGAAACGAAUGUUUAAUCAAUGUUUGUAAAUCGGAUAAAGAUUUGUCCUGAUUUACAUAAACUUCAGCUUUGAUUUUCUCGGCUUAGACAAUGUUUAUUCUUAAAAUUACUCGCCAAUGAACUCAUAAGAUGGGUAAUUUUUAAGUACGAUAAAACAUUCGCAUCCAAUCUGUAUCUGAUAUACAAACUUUCGGCUCGAGUUUGUAUAUCAGGUACAGAUCGGCUGCUCAUGUUUUAUCUAGUACAUAGAGAGCUGUAACUGACCGCUGCAAACACUGUGGAAGCUUACGUUUUCAUGUACCCCAGGGGCGUAGGAAGCAUCAAAAGAGUGGGGGGUACCGGCUUCUAGGGGCACUUUAGGGUAUUGAAAAGGGCACCUAAAAAUUUUCUCCCGGAAAUGUUGGCGACCGGGGGGGGGGGUGGGAGGGGAAGAGAAAAAUUUCCCGUCGUACCAUACCCAAAUUGCACGUUUUGACCAAAUUUUUUAAAAAAACUUGGAAAUUUCCAAACAAAAAGGGCACCUUUGAUGUUAAUUUAGUAUUUACAGCGACAUUAGCUUGUACAAAAAGGGAACUUUUCAUCACAAAAAAAGGCACUUUCCAUCCUACGCCCCUGAUGUACCCAUUUUUUUCAGGCGACCGGGCAAAAAAUAAUCAACUGCGCCUGCUGGGCAAGUUCCGCGAGCAGUUAAAGCGAGUCGUCAUCCAAUCAGAUGCAUGCAUCUAGUAACUUGCCGAGCAUGCGCACGAAAAAGUGGGUACACUAGUUACAACUCUGUAUAUGUAUCUACUCUGUGAUUUUAGGUUUUGCCGAAUGUUAAUGACGAAUGUUAUCAGUUGACGAUGUCUUCAGAUGACGUUGACAGCGUAUUUUUCAAAUAUCGUUUUUAAAGCUAAAUCGGCCCGAUUGAUCGUUGUGUGUAAACGUGCCUUACAGUUACAGUAAUGGUUAUUGCCGCGUACUUGAACUGGUACGACUUAACGUGAUUCUGAAACUUCCCGGGGUGAAGUUUAUGAUGUGCUCAUAGCAAAAACAGAAAAAAGUUGGGGUCACCAAACUCGUUUAAAGGAUCCCCCAAUAUGGCGCCAUCUUGAUCCUUUCAGGAGUUUCAAGACCAAUCGCAAUUGCGCAACCGUUACUGAAUUUUAUUAACAAGGAUCAUUAGAAAUGUCUAUCUAGUGAUUAUAUACAAGAAAACAUAGUAUUUUAGCGAAUCAAAAACCAUUGACGUGCAUUGUCGUGGUUGCUACACUACCUAUGGUAGUCCAAGAACCAAAAAAGUGGUACGGGUACCAAUUUUAUCCAUGCCGUACCAAAAAUUGAGCGUAGUGUAAACGGGGCUUAAUUAUGUGUUUUUCCCGCUUACUUUAACUGGUACGACUUAAGACUCAAGGUGUACUUAGUCUUCAAAAUGAAGUACAUAUAGUACAGGUUUCAGAAAGGUAUUCAUUCAGUAAGUCUAAAACUACGAGUCAGAACAAGGACAACAAUUACAUAGUUACACUAACAUACAGUUGACUCCAACAUUCCUUCGUCCCAUCAGAGCAAUAAUGUUUCAUGCCAAGAUAUGUCAGAGUUGCACAUACAAACUUAAAUUGCAGUUUUGAAUACUUCGGGUUUGGAAAGGUCAUGUGGUACCAGCAAAAUGUAAGUACGCCGAUAGCAAGAGUUCCGCGUACCUACGUGGCACUUGCAUGGUUGAAAACAAAGAAGUACCGGACCGUAAUAUUGGCGUACUUCCGGUACGUAAGUACGCGAAUUAUCGCGCUCUGUCAUCCUUAUCCCUGUCCUCAUCUUGAUGUUAGUAUAAUUAUUAGUACUCAUCUUGUUAUUGUUGUUAUAAUUAUUAGUACCAUAACUUUGCUAUAGGCAACUAUCAAAAUCUUCAUUUUAUGUUUUUUUCCUUUUAUAACAAAAAAGCCAACAAAGUUCGAAGACUGAAAAAGCGUGGUAAAUCUGUCGAUAUGAUUGCCUUGAAGAACAAAGAUGACGAUGAACCAACCAUCACAGGUACAGGUUGGCUUGUUGCCAAGGAAGAAAGUGAAUCUUAUAUAAUGACUAACUAUCAUGUGAUUUCCACGAUCAAACAACGCAGACGUCAAACUCAUCGCGAAAUCAAAGUCCAUAUCUUAAUGUAUAAUUAUUUCAUCCAUUUUUCAAGUGCCUGAUGCAGCUAUUGUAGAAGACAGCUCGUAGUUUUAGCAGUUUUUCAGCCAUGUUUGCACUAAAAUAACAAACGCAACUGAUCUCAAAUGUACUUCGCAACUGGAAUUUUGUCGGAAUUUCGUUAUAACCGUGAACCAUCAAAAUUAAAAACGUUAUUUACCGUUUAAGCUAGUCGGUCCGUACUAAAAAAUCCUUCGGCCUCUGGCCGCUUCUGAAACCUCGGGAAAAUAUUUUAUCCGUACGGACCUCGCAGGCAGUAAAUGACAUAUAUGUAUAAUAAUUGCUGUAGUUGUCAGUGUAACAACACGCAUUAUAUAAUAACUACAGUGAAACACGCAAUUUGAUUCGUCAAUAGCCGUGCAGGAUCAGGCUAUCCUGCACGAGGAAUUAAAAUGCCUUCGCGGGAUUUUCGCAGGAUUCUCAAAAUGUCAUUGUUUUACUGUUAUAGUUAUUUUAUAAAACAAUUACCAAAUGGUUUUCCAAGCAGGAUAGCGUGAUCCAUGCACUUGAGAUGUUGCUUGACUUUCGGAAGUGUAAAAAUACACUCUCCGAAAGUCUCGCGACAUCCCUCGUGCAUGGAUCACGCAAUUCUGCACGGAAAACCAUUCGGUAUUCCUUUAUUGCUGUACCUUCACAGAAUACAAAAUACAGUACUUCAUUUAAUAGUAAACUGAUAAAUUACUGAAUGGAAACCCGUAUGGAAAUCAAUACUAUAAUAUUUGAAUAAGGUUCAUUUGGGCUAUCAAGUCGCAAUUUGAAUAAGGUUAAUUUAAGCUGUCAAACUGACUUGCGUUAGUGGAGAUUUCAGUUUGCAUUACAAAAUAGCAGAAAUACAUGCAUGCAUGCAGCAACGAAAGAGGAAGUACAUACAGACGUCUCAGUUCAGGUUAAUUUAGUAUAAGGAAUUUUUUCAGUCCGCCAUGUUCUUAGCAAGUGCCCUAAAGAGAGGCAGUCACCCUCCUGAAAACUUAUUGAAAUUUAUAAUGUUCCAGGGGGGGUGAAUGCCUCUAUGUUAUUUUGCGAGGUUUGAUUUAAUGUAAAAUUUAAUCUGAAACGCUUCGUUAAUUAAACUAGCGAGAGCCAGUUGCAGGUAAUCCUUUUUAAUAUUUUUAUGUUUCCGUGAAUGUAGUUUUUCUACGCCUGAUACACUUAUGACAUGUGCGCUAUGGUUUGUCGUGUCUCUUAACGCCUGAUUCCACGUGCGCUUUCUUGGGCGAAAUGAAUUAGGUGCAUGCGCAGUAAAGAUAAAUUAGGCUUCGCGAGAAAAAAUUUCGGUUCACCAGUGGGUAGAGAAGUCAGUUCUAGUCACUGCGAAAGCGGAAGUUGGAAAAUUCAAUGGAAUCGCUCAUGUGCAACCAUCCGUAUUUCGCAGACACAAUUUCUCGUGAAGAAUUUCGUCGUUGUGCAGUCAGGCCUUAAAAAACUUAAGCUGUCAUUUGUUUCGCUCCUGGUUAUUCCGGCUGUUGCAAUAGUUGGUCAACUACACGUGCCAUCAUAUAGUUAUGUUUAUUAAGGGGUAAUAGUCUAUAGGCAAAUUAGGAAACAUUUGAAAAUCUUGAAGUUUUCUUGAAUGUUUCGCUGUUUGUCCAGCGAAGCAAACAUAUUUCCCAAUAAAUUCAGAAACAUAUUUUGUUUCUCCAUGUGACUUUUUUAGCGGAAACAGUUGUUUCUUGUUUGUCCACUUUCGAGAAUAAGGCUGUAGCAGACAUUGUUUCGGGAAACAUGGCUAGGAAACAAUGCUAGCUGGUUUGCCCACCUUCGGGAAACAUGGCUAGGAAACAAUGUUUCCUGAUUUGCUCAGCUUCGAGAAACAUGGCUAGAAAACAAUGUUCCAUGGUUUACCAACUUUUUGAAAUAAAAAAAUUUCUGAAGAAAAUUCUAUCUUGUCUUUUAUUAUAGACACCAUUGGUUCACAAAAACCUACACAGGAAAGCAAGAGGUCAUCGAAAGAAAGCCCUAUGUGUAGUUCUUGUGCUUCAAAAGACAAAACACCGCUUUCAAGUGACCGGGACAAAUGGCCCAUUGGUAAAAUCGAAUUUGGUUGUUUUCGCCAAAUUUGCAAACUACUCGACUUAGCUGAUAGUAGCAAAGAACCACUUUUGAGCGCUUUAGGUGGCUUCGACCAAACAACAGCUGCAUAUAUUGAAAAGAAAUAUGAAAUUAUGCGAGUGGGGAUUGCCAAAGAAGUACUCGAUAUCUGGGGAUCAUCAAGUCACGAAAAUAAUGUGGGGGCUCUUAAGAAGAUUCUUAAACAUACCAUGCAAAGGAUUGAUGUUGUUGACGAGAUUGAAAAUUGGGAGAAUUUGUCUGUUUGUCAUGGAUGCGGUAUUAAAUGCAACAAGCCACACUGACCUCAAUAACACUACUGAAUGAAAAUCAUAUUUCUAUAUAUAGCAAAGUACAAAUUUAAUAACAUUUUGGUUGUUGCAGAUAUAAGGCCAAAUAAAAGCUCA